UCACAAACACGCAACACUAUUUUAUAAACCAAAGAAACAAAUAUGGGUUCAUAUUCUACAAUGGAAGAGAACCAUGUGGUGGUGGACGGUGCCACCCCACAAAGAGAUGAUAGUGAUACCCUCUUUGCCAUGGUUCUUGGUGCCAAUAUGGUAUUUCCUGCAGCUCUUAAUGCUGCAAUUCAGCUCAACUUGUUUGAGAUAAUUGCAAAGGAAAGCACAAAAGAAAGUGGUGGCUUCAUGUCACCCUUUGAAAUUGCUUCAAAGUUAACAACCCAACACUACUCUGACUUGCCAAAUAGACUUGACCGUUUUCUUCGCCUGCUUGCUAGUUACUCUCUUCUUGCUAUUUCCACUCGCACCAAUAAGGAUGGUAGCACUGAGAGGGUUUAUGGGAUUUCACCAGCUGGUAAAUAUUUCGUCGAUGAUGAAAAUAGUGAUGGCUAUCUCGCCUCGUUCACAUCAUUUCUUUGUCACCGUGCCUUGUCAGGAGUAUGGUUGAACUUUAAGGAAGCAGUUGUUGAUCCUGAAAUCGAUCUAUUCAAGAAAGUUAAUGGCAUAUCGAAGUAUGAAUACUUCGGAAAAGAUCCGGAAAUAAACCACGUAUUUAACAAGUCAAUGACUGAUAUAUGCUCAACCCAUAUGAAAAGAGUACUUCAACUAUACAAAGGAUAUGAGGGAAUAUCAACUUUGGUUGACGUAGGAGGUGGAAAUGGACAAAGUCUCAAGAUGAUCGUAUCCAAAUAUCCAUCAAUUAAGGCUAUCAACUUUGACCUUCCACAAGUGAUUCAACACGCACCACCCCUUUCAGGUAUUGAGCAUGUUGGAGGAGAUAUGUUUGAAAGCGUCCCACAGGGUGACGCCAUCAUCCUAAAGGCUGUAUUGCAUAAUUGGUCGGAUGAAAAGUGCGUAGAGAUUUUGAGAAAUUGUUACAAAGCUUUGCCAGCAAAUGGGAAGGUCAUAAUCGUGGAGCUCGUUCUGCCAGAAAAUCCAGAAGCAACAGAUGCAUCUAAAAUGAUUUCAAUUCUUGACAACAUCAUGUUUAUUACAGCUGGUGGAAGGGAAAGAACUGAGAAACAGUAUGAGAGUUUGGGUAAGCGUGCUGGAUUUUCUAAGCUUCAAGUAGCUUGUUGCGCUUUCUCUAUUUUGGGAGUGAUGGAGCUUUACAAAUGAAGUAUAUCUCAUUCACAGUAAUUUCCCAUUUCAACGUUGAGUAUUAAUUGCUAUUUAUAUAUGAUUUUUAUUACAUCAUUU